CGCAGACAUCAUAAAAACAUCAUAAGAAGAACUCAUCUGGCUUCACUACCGCUUUGCCAUGGACAAUAAGACCAAUGAUGGGCAUGAGAGUGUUCCUCCUAUCCAUAGCCAAGUCGUGAAGAUCAAGAGAGAGUUUGAGAAGAUACAACACCCGUCUCUAAGGCAGCCUGAGAUGCCAAGGGUUCUUCGCGAGAGCGUGAGUCCACGGCGUUCUCGUUCUCCCUUGGGCUUAGGAGAGAGAGAAAGACCCAUCUCCGUUGGGAAUUGAUAACAAAGAGAGAGAGGGAGAGAUAGAGAUAGGUGAUCCUCUGUGUAUUAGGGUUUCUCUUUUAUCUUCAAUGUAAAUAUCUCUGGUGAAUAUGAUGAGUUUCCUGUUAAAUAUCCUGACACGACA